GGUGCUAAAGUCUGCAGGGUGGGGGCUGGGAGCAGCAGACAGAAGCUGUCUGAGGUGGUCUGCAGAGCUCAGGAGCAGUACCUAGGAGGAGGCAUCUCUGGGAGACUAUGGCAGAGGCCGAAGCGGCACAGCUGAAGGAGGAAGGGAACCAGCAUUUUCAGCUCCAAGACUAUAAGGCGGCCACCAAGAGCUACAGCCAGGCCCUGAAACUGACCAAGGACAAGGCCCUGCUGGCCACACUCUACCGGAAUCGGGCAGCCUGCGGCCUGAAAAUGGAGAGCUACGCCCAGGCAGCUUCAGAUGCUUCCAGAGCCAUUGACAUCAACUCCGCUGACAUCAAAGCAUUGUAUAGGCGAUGCCAGGCCCUCGAGCAUCUUGGCAAGUUGGACCAGGCGUUCAAGGAUGUGCAGCGCUGUGCUACCCUCGAGCCAAGGAACCAGAACUUCCAGGAGACACUGCGGAGGCUCAACACCAGCAUCCAAGAACAGCUCCGUGUUCAGUUUUCUACCGACUCCAGGGUACAGACAAUGUUUGAAAUCCUUCUGAACGAAAACAGCGAGACUGAUAAGCGGGAGAAGGCUGCCAACAACCUCAUUGUCCUGGGCCGUGAAGAAGCAGGGGCUGAGAGGAUCUUCCAGAGCAAUGGAGUGGCUCUGCUGCUGCAGCUUAUGGACACUAAGCGGCCUGAGCUGGUGCUGGCUGCCGUGAGGACCCUGUCUGGCCUGUGCAGUGGCCACAGAGCAAGGGCCACAGCCAUCUUGCACGCAGUCCGAAUAGACAGAAUCUGCAGCCUUAUGGCCCUGGAGAAUGAAGAGAUGUCCUUGGCUGUCUGCAACCUGCUCCAGGCCAUCAUUGACUCCCUUUCUGGGGAGGACAAGAGAGAGCAUCGUGGGAAGGAGGAGGCUCUGGUUCUAGAUACCAAGAAGGACCUGAAGCAGAUCACUAGCCACCUGCUGGACAUGCUGGUCAGUAAGAAGGUGUCUGGGCAAGGCAGAGACCAGGCACUGAACCUGCUCAAUAAGAACGUCCCCAGGAAGGACCUGUCCAUUCAUGACAACUCACGCACCAUCUAUGUUGUAGAUAAUGGUCUUAGGAAGAUCCUGAAGGUGGUGGGGCAGGUUCCAGACCUGCCCUCAUGCCUCCCGCUGACUGACAACACUCGUAUGCUGGCUUCCAUCCUCAUCAACAAACUCUAUGAUGACCUGCGAUGUGACCCAGAGCGCGACCACUUCCGCAAGAUCUGCGAGGAGUACAUCACGAGCAAGUUUGAUCCCCAGGACAUGGACAAGAAUGUAAAUGCCAUCCAGACAGUGUCGGGCAUCCUGCAGGGGCCCUUUGACCUGGGCAAUCAGCUGCUGGGUAUGAAAGGUGUGAUGGAGAUGAUGGUGGCUCUGUGUGGCUCGGAGCGCGAGGUGGACCAGCUGGUGGCUGUGGAGGCUCUCAUCCAUGCCUCCACUAAACUCAGCCGGGCCACUUUCAUCAUCACCAAUGGUGUGACACUUCUCAAGCAGAUCUACAAGACCACAAAGAAUGAGAAAAUCAAGAUCCGCACGCUGGUGGGGCUCUGUAAACUUGGCUCAGCUGGGGGCUCCGACUAUGGCCUCAGACAGUUCGCUGAAGGGUCAACAGAGAAGCUAGCCAAGCAGUGUCGAAAGUGGCUGUGUAACACUGCCAUAGACACUCGGACACGGCGCUGGGCAGUGGAGGGCCUGGCCUACCUCACGCUGGAUGCUGAUGUGAAGGAUGACUUUGUCCAGGACAUCCCUGCUCUGCAAGCCAUGUUCGAGUUGGCCAAGACCAGUGACAAGACCAUCCUGUACUCAGUGGCCAACACCCUGGUAAACUGCACCAACAGCUAUGAUGUCAAGGAGGUCAUCCCUGAGCUGGUGCAGCUGGCCAAGUUCUCCAAGCAACAUGUGCCAGAGGAGCACCCCAAGGACAAGAAGGACUUCGUAGACUUGCGGGUGAAACGGCUCCUGAAGGCAGGCGUCAUAUCUGCGCUGGCCUGUAUGGUGAAGGCAGACAGUGCUAUCCUCACAGACCAGACCAAGGAGCUGCUGGCCAGGGUGUUCCUGGCACUCUGUGACAACCCAAAGGACCGGGGCACCAUUGUAGCUCAAGGUGGUGGCAAGGCCCUGAUCCCCCUGGCUUUGGAGGGCACAGAUGUGGGCAAGGUGAAGGCAGCCCAUGGGCUAGCCAAGAUUGCUGCUGUCUCCAAUCCGGACAUCGCCUUCCCUGGGGAGCGGGUAUAUGAGGUGGUACGGCCCCUUGUGAGUCUCCUGGACACACAGAGGGAUGGGCUUCAGAACUAUGAGGCUCUCCUAGGACUCACUAACCUGUCUGGGCGCAGUGACAAACUCAGGCAGAAGAUCUUCAAGGAGAAGGCCUUGCCAGACAUUGAGAACUACAUGUUUGAGAACCAUGACCAGCUACGGCAGGCAGCCACCGAAUGCAUGUGUAACAUGGUGCUCAAUAAGGAGGUUCAGGAGAGGUUCCUGGCUGAUGGGAAUGACCGUCUUAAGCUGGUGGUGCUGCUCUGUGGGGAGGAUGACCACAAACUGCAGAACGCAGCAGCUGGAGCUCUGGCCAUGCUGACCGCAGCACAUAAGAAACUGUGCCUCAAGAUGACGGAAGUGACAACCCAGUGGCUGGAGAUCCUACAGCGGCUUUGCCUGCAUGACCAGUUGUCAGUGCAGCACCGGGGCCUGGUCAUUGCCUACAACCUGCUCUCAGCGGAUGCUGAGCUGGCUAGGAAGCUGGUGGAGAGCGAGCUGCUGGAGAUCCUGACUGUGGUGGGAAAGCAGGAGCCAGAUGAGAAGAGAGCAGCUGUGGUCCAGACAGCCCGGGAGUGUCUUAUCAAGUGCAUGGAUUACGGCUUCAUCAAGCCAGUGUCAUAGAGAGAGUGGUCCACAGGGAUGCUGGGGUUGGUCCUGUACUGUGAAGAGUCAUGAGUUGGGUCCUCCCAAAGUGUCAGUUCAGCUAAGGAUCAUAGCAGUGCCAAUGAUGUCUCAUUACAAAGGAAAGACUUGGUUGUCUCCUGAUUUGUGACUCUUCCUCUUGGUCCUGGGAAUGUUUGAGCGUUCCUGCCUCCCUAAAUUUGUCACAUCCCAGAAAGUUCUAGGGUAAGUUCUCUCUGUGAUCAGAAAGCAAGGCAGACAAUUGUGUCUGUCUCUAUUCUGCAGGCCAGAUAAAGGGCUGUAGACUGAUUUUUUUGUUUGUUUGUUUGUUUUGUAUUUUUAAAAAAACCUAUGUACUGGCAAGGAAAGAACUAACAGGUAUGUGACCAUAAAGAUUAAUGCUUUCAUUCAAUUCAGAUGCUGAUCUUGGUUGAUUUUCAUGACUUCUCCUACACAUUGAAGCUGUGUCUCAACUGCAUGUGCCCUGUCAAAGCCCCGUGCCCACUCCUGUCACCCGAUUUCAAUGGUAUCACAGUUUAUGCUCACAGUGGGACAUGGUUCAUUUCAUGCAAGAUGAAUAUAGCGACUACCAACAAGAUCAACUCAAAGUUCCCUGAGCAAAACAUAAAUAAAGAUUAAUGAAUAUAUGUUAGUCACCCA